AUGUCUUCUGGUAAAAUUUACAAGGAGAUAAAGAAUUAUAAGUCCCUUUUAUCGAAUAGUAGUAAAUAUGAAAAGGGAUCUUCAAGAGGUAUUACUCCAGAACUUACUGCUUCUUGGUGGUCAAAGCUCACUUUUUCUUGGUUCUCGUCUUUUAUGGAUGAUGCAUAUGAAGUAGAACCUGAUUUAGAUAAAUUGUUUGACUUACCGGAGUUUGAUACUCCGGCUUAUAAACUCCCUUUAUUUGAAAAAUACUGGAGCUAUGAGCUGAAAAAACAUGGUUUUAAAAGUGACUUUAGUGAGAAUGAUUUUACUGAAAAUACUCAGAAUAAAACUAAUGAUUUAAAUUUAACAGAUCCACUAGUAAGAAAGAGUAGGAUAUCUAUAAUUUUGGUAUUAUUUAAAUGUUUUAAGAUUCAUUUCAUUAUAACACUGUUCCUUGUAAUUCUUUCUAGUUUUGCAAGUUUAUCUCAGCCAAUUUUUUUAAGAAAGUUACUUUUAUAUACUAAGGAAGAUAACUUAAUACUUUAUAAACCAGAAAAUUCGUUUACAGGUUCUUUAUGGGGUUAUAUAAGUGGAAAUAAACACAAAGUAAACUCGAACUUAGUUUUUCAAGGCUUUAUUUUGAUCAUAUUGAUUACAGUAUUAAAUAUUAUACAUUUUUUACUUAAAAAACAGGAGACAUUAAUAGUAUCAAAUAUUGGACGCUAUAUUAGGGAUUUAUUUACGGGAUUAAUAUAUCGUAAAGUUUUAAAGAUGAAUUCUUCAAUAUUUCGUGAUAACUCAAAUAAGCAAGACCAGAAAAGAAAAUUAUCUGUUGCUUCUGUACUCUCCUCUAAUACAGCAAAUGAAAUCUAUGGAAUUUCAGGUAAUUUAGUAAAUCUUUUAUCUAAUGAUAUAUCUCGUUUUAGUCGACUUUAUUCUGCUCAUGAGUUUUAUUCAAGUAUUAUAUCUUUAACGAUUGCAAUUUGCCUUUUGUAUAUUUAUAUUGGGAUAUCAGGCUUGGCUGGUGUGCUAGUUAUGAUUAUACAUGUGAUUUUGUGUGUAAUUGCUCUGAAUUACCGUGCUAUAGAAAGGAAACCAUUUUCAAAAGUAAGAGAUGAACGUAUUCUACAUAUUUCUGAAUAUCUAAGUAAUGUUAAAAUAAUUAAAUGUUAUUGCUGGGAAGAUAUCUUUAUUAAUAAGAUUGACAAGAUACGUCAAAAAGAGGUUAAAAGUCUAUUUAUUCAAGGUUUUUACUCAGCACUAUCAUUUCUCUGUGGAGGAGUGGUUUUACAUGCAACACUUGCUACGAUUGUAGUUUGCUCAUAUAUGGACCAAAAUAUAGACCAAGCAAACAUUUUUUUUGCCUAUUCAAUGUAUGAUAUUAUAUGUGAAAUCCUGUUGCUUUUCCCAAAGUCCUAUGCUGCUUUUGUUGAUAUAUUACUUUCUUGUAAAAGGGUCAGCGAGUUUCUUCUUAUGGAAGAAAAUAAGUGUAAUGAAUUUAAGAAGACUCAGAAACAAAGAAAUUAUUUUAAUAAAAAGUUUGGAAUGGUUUUUUUUGAAAAUGUUGAUUUGUAUUGGUCAAAUGGCACUCUUUUACUUAGAAAUGUUUCUUUUGAAGCUGUUUCAGGUGAAAUAACUGCUGUUAUUGGUUGUAUUGGGAGUGGAAAAAGUGGACUUUUGGGAGCUAUUGCUGGGGAGAUUACUCCCAAAGGGGGUAAAUUUGAGUGCAUUGGCAGUGUAGCAUAUGUUACUCAAGUUCCCUGGAUAUUCACAGGUACUAUAAGGGAAAAUAUUAUUUUAGGAUCUUCUUACAAUGUAGAUUGGUAUAAUACUGUUAUCAAUGCAUGUGCUUUAAAGGAAGAUUUUUCUAUAUUACCCCAUGGUGAUCAUACUAUGAUAGGCGAAGAAGGUUUAAACUUAUCUGGUGGACAAAAACAAAGGAUAAGUUUGGCUAGAGCUGUAUAUCAGAAAGUUUCAAUAUAUGUUUUAGAUGAUUGUUUAAGUGCUCUUGAUCCCAAUGUUGCAGCUCACAUACUUCAAGAAUGUAUAUGUGGUAUUUUAAAGGAAUCAUGUAUUAUAUUUGCUACUCAUAAUUUAGAUAUUGUUUCUUAUGCUCAUAGGUUAUUAAUUCUUGAUCAUCAUAACAAAUGUCCCAUAUUUAUUCGUGAACCUAAAGAUUUAACUUCAAUAAAUGAUUAUGAGUCAUUUAUAGGCUCAAUUAAUACACAAGUGUGUUCAAUAUAUAAAAAACAAACUUCAGACUCUCAAAAAGUUAGUGAAUUCCGAGAACUUAAAGUUUCUGACAGAACUACUGAAAAAUGUAUCUCAACAUAUAAUAGUGAAUUUUAUGAAGAAGAGGAACUGAAAAAGGGGAGAAUCUCUUUUGAUACAUAUAAAUCUUACAUUGUUGCAUUUGGUAAGAUUAACCUCCUUAUUUUAAUUGGACUUAAUUUUAUUGGGGCAUUAAUACAAGUAUAUGGAGUUUUUUUUAUUGGGCAUUGGUCAGAGCUUUACUCUACUGUUGAUUAUGGAUAUGCACUGAAAGUCUGUAUUUUUAUUUCAAUAUUAUUUCCACUAAUACUGAUAUUAUCAUGGAUUUUAAUUUACUAUGGAGGAAUUCUUGUAUCAGGUAUUUAUCACAAUGAACUACUAAGAUAUAUUAAAAUUGCUCCCUUUACUUUUUUUGAAAAGACACCCAUAGGUAGAAUUUUGAAUAGAUUUACUUCAGACUUAUUUUUAGUAGAUGAGUCAUUGCCCCAAAUGUUUGGUAACUUAGUUUUGGCCAUUAUACAAUUUUCAGUGUGGUCUAUCCUAACUUUGUAUAUAACUCCACAACUUAUAUUCUGCAUACCUAUUAUAAUCUAUUUAUGUUAUAAAGUAACUAAAAAGUAUCCCCCAGUAAUAAGACAGGGAGAAAGACUAUCAGGAGUACUACUAGCUCCAAUUUCAUCUCAGGUAACUGAAACUAUGACUGGUUUAUCUACAAUACGUACAUUUAAUUCUGAAGAUUUAUUUAUUAAAAGAAUGGAUAAAGCUAUAACAGCUCUGAGUAGGGUCAGGUAUCAUAUGGAUAUUGCAUCUUGUUGGCUAUACCUUCGUCUUGAGAUCAUUGGUUGUAUUGGGUUAUUUUGUGGUGGUAUGUUUGGAGUUAUUUUGGUAUCAUUUAAUUCAGAAUAUACUCAGUUUUUAGGCUUCCUAUUAUCUUUUGUUAUAACGACAUCAGGUUGGAUAAGAUUCAUCAUCUUUGUUCUUAUUUGUCUAGAAGCAGAUAUGAUAGGACUUGAAAGAAUUAAAUCAUAUGUGGACAACCAUAUUUCAGAAAAUAGUGCGAACCUUUCAUUAUUUAAACCCAAUAAACAAUGUCUCUCAAAAGGAAAAGUAGAAUUUAUUAAUCUAGAAUUAAAAUAUGGAAUGUUUCCUAUUUUAAAAAAUGUCAACUUCUAUAUAGAACCUGGUGAGAAAAUUGGUAUUGUUGGGAGAACAGGAUCAGGAAAAAGUAGUAUGUUCACAGUACUUUUGAGAUUAGUUGAACCCUCAAAAGGAAUUAUAAAAGUUGAUGAUAUUGAUAUUUCUUCUAUACAUACUGAUGAACUUAGAAAAAAAAUAUUUAUAAUACCACAAGACCCAGUAAUAUUUGCUGGUACGAUUAGAUUUAAUAUUGAUCCUGUAUCCGAAUAUACUGAUAAAGAGGUACUUGAAGCACUUUAUAGGUCGAAUCUUCAUCAUACAAUAAAUUCACUACCUGAUGGUAUAAACUAUGUCUUGGAUUCAGGUGGUAGCAACCUAAGCGUUGGACAAAAACAACUAAUAUGUUUAGCUAGGGCUGUUCUGCGAAAGCCUAAAAUUCUUUUGCUUGAUGAAGCAACAUCUUCCAUUGAUACAUAUACAGAGUCUCUAAUACAAGAAACAAUUAACAGGGAAUUUCAAGAAGCUACAGUAUUGACUAUUGCUCAUAGGAUACAAACUAUUAUACAUUCAGACAAAGUAAUGGUCAUAGAUUGUGGUCAGAUAGCUGAAUUUGACUCUCCUCAAAAUUUAAUAAAUAAAUCAUCAGGUUUAUUUAGCUCAUUGGUUAAUGCAUCGUUCUAG